GUAAAAUUCCUCCGUCGGCUCUUUUUUGCCAAUGCUGAUCACAAACCCUCUAGGCGCAAAAAGACCAAAUGCACAGGAGACCGUCCUAUCUGCUCCCACUGUCGUCGUAAUCAUCUAGCCUGUAUCUACGAACCAUACUCGGCCACUCUGGCGGAGAAUCCUCCUGCGCCUAAUCCGGUCAUAUCACUGCCGCCAGUCGAGAAUAAUAAUAAUCAGGUUGAACUUUUGCAAAGAAUCAGCACAAUCGAGUCAAGGCUUGCGGAGCUCAGCGGAAAGACAACUCAGCAGUACGAUAUUCAUGUCGAUUUUAGUUACCAAUUCUUGAUACUGAUUCUAGGGGUUUCUAGGAAUAUAACGUCUCGUUUUUCACACACACAAGGCCACGUCUAUUUAUCACCAGAGGUUAAUACCUUGUCACAGCGAGUGCCGUCGCCACCACCUACCUUUCAAGAUCAUGAACUCCUCCCUCCACCACACGUCCUACGCUCAGUAAUCGACACGUACUUUUUACGCGUCCACAACCAACCCUACUCCUAUUUCCAUGAACCCUCUUUUCGCCAGAAGUUAGAAAGCAACUCUCUACCAAAAUGUUUGAUCUUGGCAGUGCUUUCAUCCGCUGUACGAUUCUCGACCCACGAAUUCUACGCGAAUCAGACGCGCGACGCAUCACAAAAGUACGCGAGAGAGUCAUGGCUGUCAGUUCUGGCAGACCAUUUGACGAUGGAAGACAGUCUGAAUGUUCAUGUGGUACAGACGGUAAACUUGCUUGCAGUGGUUGAUUAUACAGCCGGUCGCGCCCGGUCGGGAUGGCUCAAAAUUGGCCUUGCAGCCCGGAUAUCUCAAGACUUGAACCUAAUGUCGGAACCUGAUCAAUGGCUCUCUUAUUCAGAACAAGAAGAGCAUCGACGGGCCUUUUGGUCAAUUUACCUCCUUGAUAAAUUGAUCUCCUGUGGCCGAUCUCGACCGCUUAUCAUUCUAGAUGAGGAUUGCGAAGUUCAACUUCCAUGCGACGAGCACACUUUUCGACAUGGAGAAAGGAGACAGACGAGUACAAUCGAUCAGUUGUUGAACUGGAACUCGAAGUUUGACGAAAGCCCCAGUCCGUUUUCACUCGUUCUUUUGAUGGCGUCGAUAUUUGGCCGAUGCACACGAUACGUUCACCAGAGUAAGAAUAUGGACGAGAUUCCACCAUGGGAUCCAAAGUCAGAGUUCUCUGCAAUCAAUUCCUCUUUGCUACUCUUAGAAUCAUAUUCUAAGAGUUUAAACUGGCAACUUUCGGAUGUCCUCUACGGAAGCGUUCAGGUAGAUGGAACAGUCAACCGACAGGAGAUAGGCCAGCUUAUAUUUGCCCACACUCUUUUCCACCUGUGUCACUGCCUGCUAAACCAUCCGUUCCUCGUGAGACGAUGGCUCAAACCUUUCGGGGCCAAGGCCCCAGCUAGUUUUUCCUCCCGCGCCCUUCAAGAUGGAUGCGACCAUGCGAAACAGCUUAUGGAUCUCAUAAAGCAGGCUACGGACCAUGGCUGCCUUGUUGAAUCCUCAUUCUAUGCAUAUUGCAUAGCUGUAGCUGGGGGGAUUCACUCUCUAGCCGUACACUUCAAUCGGAACAAGGGCCGCGAGUCGGACAGUUCGCACUACUUGCAACAGAGCCUAGACUCUUUGGAGAGAUUAGCAAAGCCUUGGACCCACGCAGGAAAUAUAGCUAUCUCGCUGCGAGAAUUCCAUUCCAUUUCUCAUGCUUUCGCUGUCCUCCUGGACCCACGUCACUUGAUGGAUGAGUUAGACUUUGGGUCCGAAGAGAUCAUGUGGUCGAUGAUUGAUUAUGCGAUAAUGGGCGCUGAUCCCAGCAAAAAGCAACUCUCACCCAAAUCCGCAGCGAACAUACCGUCUCCCACAUCGUGGGUUCUUGGCGCCGGAAUUCUGGGACAACCGGGAUAUGACAGCCCCAAUGGGAAUAUCUUUGGGGGUCUCACGCCCUCAAUGCGACUUGAGGAAGUCGAACAAUUUCUGAACUCGUCACCCUGGGAGGGUGUCAUCUCGGGUACGACGGCGGCCAUUCUGGCUAGUGUGAUUGUAUACCCUCUUGAUAUUGUUAAAACCCAGUUACAAGUUCAAGUUCAACGGCAGAAGCAGCAAGAUGCCAACGAUCGAGAAAAACAAACCGACACAUCAGAAAAUCCUACAGCCCACGCUCAUCAUGACAACUUCAUCGAUGCAAUCAGCUACAUACUUCGCGAAGAAGGUAUUCUUGGUCUAUACAGUGGCUUGGGAAGUUCAAUCCUCGGCACGGCGUCAAUGAACUUUGCCUAUUUCUACUGGUCAACAACCGCGCAAAGGUUACAACAAUCAGCAUGGCGCAAAUAUGGAAUCUCCGACACAAACAGUAUCGCCAAGGAGCUGGGUCUAGGCGCAAUUGGUGGUGCAAUGGCCCAACUAUGCACAAACCCAAUCGCAGUGAUAUCUACACGGCAGCAAACCCGUAAAGCAACUGAUCGGCAACGAUCAAUGUGGGAGACAAUGGUGGAAAUUAUCCAGAGUGAAGAUGGCUGGACCGGACUUUGGAGAGGCUUCAAGGUCAACUUGAUCCUUGUCAUCAAUCCCAUGAUUACAUAUGGUGUUUACCAACGGUUGAAGGGGGUUCUACUUGGACUGAAGAAGACAAAGGGACUUGGAUCUGCUGAUGCUUUCUUGCUCGGCGCUUUAUCAAAAGUUCUAGCGACCAUCACCACGCAUCCGCUAAUCGUUGCUAAGACAAUGCUGCAAUGCAAACCGCCAGAUUGUCGGAAUGGUAAACCGUUCUCGGGAUUUACCGAAGUUCUUGUUUACAUUGUCAAGAAUGAAGGCCUCUUGAGACUAUACAAGGGCUUGGCGCCGCAGAUUAUCAAGGGCUUUUUGGUCCAAGGGUUGAUGAUGAUGUUGAAAGAACGGACUGAGAUUCUGAUCAGAAGAGCAAUACUACUUAAUAGGAAGCAGCGGCUAGCUUCUCUAAAGUAA